UGUUUCUUUAAGAGAAAAUAUACCACAAAACAGCGAGGUGAUGUCGCUAACGAGAAAGAGUUUCAACAAGAAUGGCUCGAUAGACAAAAACAGUACGUUAUCGAGGCCGAGACAUGAACAUACUAGUAAUGUAUUGACGAACUCUUCUGAAGGUUCUCUGUCACAAGAAAAGUCAAAUUUCAAUCCACCUGAUUCUCUUCAGGAGUCAAACACUUGUCUGGUAACGCAAUUGGACCAGGCACCGCCAAUUACCGGUAUCAAGGCAAGACCUUCCCCAGUGCAACCAAAUGCUCAUGUCGUGGAUCAGCCUGCUCCGAUGCCACCUGGUACACAGGAGAUGAGUGCUUCAAUGCAACCAAGUAUCCGCGUAGAUGGACGUGCUGCUGGCCCUACACAUCUGGUACAAUCAAGUACGUGUUUCAAUAAAAGGACCAAUGGUUGUGUACAGUCAAGCAGUUGUGUUGAGGAAGGAUCUUCGAGAGCCCACAUCAACAGACUUGAAGUUUCUAGCGAAGCAGGACCAUCUCUACAAGUUUACAAAAUAUCCUCCCUCAGUAAAGCUGGACUGAACACUCAGCAAUUUGAUGGCAAGAAAACAUCGAAGACGGCGUCACAUUUGGUCGCUCGAAAACAAAACGUACCGCCAAGCUUGAAGGCUAAGGAUUCAUUUUCAAGAACUGUUAUUACUCCAAGCGUUCGAAUGUGUACUCCAGCUCCAGGCACCAAACCGGCAACUGCAAAGUCCAAGCCUAGAUUUAUGCCACCUGUAGUAGUGAAACCGCAGUUAAAUUCUUCAACAAUAAUGUCCAGCUCCCCACCUCCAUCUAACAGACAGAUACCGCCAUAUGAUCGUAUGUUCAAAUCUCCAACAUUACAGAAUUCAACUGCUGUUGAUAAUAUUUCGCCGAGUACUGCAUCAUGUAGUGAUGUGUUUCCUGUCAAAUCAAAGGAAAUCAGUAGACGAAUCCAGCAAAGACGACUUUUGGCUGAAAGUCAGAGGCAUCAAACGACUGAAUAUGAAGUUCCAGACCCAGUGUCGAAGCAUCUCAGAGAGCCACACACCAAACAUGUUGAAGUGCCACAGGUUACGGCAGUGUUUCAGGAGCCUGAAGAGCCUUAUAACACACAGUUGCAUCCCAAAUAUCCAUCUCUUGGAACUCUAAUAGACCGCGGUGUUCUUAUACCUGCUAAGGGCUGCCUUGUCACAGAAUCACAGCAUGGCCGAUAUGUCGGAAGCUUAAUGGAGUCUGGGUUGAUCAGAGGACCAGGGGGUGAGGUGUUUAAAACCCCUGUCCAGUGGGUGUCGGCUGUUAAUGACGGCGUGUUGGUGAAGAAGAGGCGAGCUUACAGAGAGGUCUUCUACCAAGGGAAGCCACUGCUGUCAUUUGUUGAUCCAUGUUACCUGCCUGAAAUCGAUUUAACCAAGACUAUUGACGAACCUGUGAGUAAAAGGGGUCCCGAUGACGAAGUGAUGAAGAGCAGCGUUUGUGUUCCAAAAACACAUACUUUUGAUUUGGAAACCCUACUUCGGAACUGUACAGUGAGAAUAAUUUCAGACAACGAAAUCGUGCCAUCUUCAGAUCUCCCCGAAAACUUCUGGAGUGCCGAAUUUAGCAAUGUCAGAAUACCAAAAAGCAUACAAGAGCAAAUAGAUUGUUGGUGAUUGGGGAAGAAAUGAUUGAGACGUCGAGGAAUAUUGGCUUUUUAUAGGUUGGUUGAAUUUCAUUAUUAUUUUAAACACGUAAUAAGUUACAGAAAUUCGUUACGCUUCAGUGUGUAAUCAACAGAAUUGUACAACCAACACUUCAUUGUUGAAGUCGUUAUUUAUUGUCGAGGGAAAAAGGCUUUAAACACUCUUACUUGAAAACUUAUUUUCCUUGUCAAUUGAAAAAAAUAUAUCCAAAAUACAUCAGUUUUUUUUCUCGUACAUUUUUUUUCCAAAUGAAAAUUAUUCCAAUAUGAAUUGAUAUCUCAAACAUCCUUAUCGGUCCCAUCUUCGCGCACUAGGUGUUGCAAUACUACAGCUGACACAUGGAUCGCUUUACAAAUAAACAAUUCUGAUUAGUUUAGUCUAGUCUUUUAUGAUUUAUCGAAAUUACAUAUUCGUUGUUUUUUGGAUUUUUUUUUCAAACGUUCAAUCAAACAUUCUGCUUUCUAUAACCGUUUGUCGAAAAUUUCUUGUUUCAUAGGUGCCCGGUCUGGACGUAAUGCAUAGUCUUAUUUAGUAGUUUGUCAAUAUUUUAAAAGUGGUAAAAUACUCCCUAUUUUGUGAGAGCUUAGUCUAAAUCUAUAUUUGAGUGGCAUGCCAGUGUUCAGCUUUUGAAUAAAAGGCAAAACAUAAAUAGUUUCCGUCUCUGUAAUAUAAUCUAGAUUAGUCAUGAUUUCUGUUUUCAUUGUUGGUUUUACUGUUUAUUCUUCUUAGUUAAUAGUCCAUAGUUAAUACCUUCCGUGUUAUUGUUAACGAAAGUUUCCGUAUUAUAACAGACCAAUAAAAUGUUGUGUUUGUUAAUCAUGUUGACAAUUCAAAAUAAAAAAGGUAGAUAAUUCAUUUUAUAUGUUUGAUUAGUCAUCACGCCCUCAAUUUUGAGAAUACAAACUCGUCUGUCUGUUCUAUAAUGUAAAUAUUCAUAAUAAAUUACUCUAACCGGUGAUGAAAGAUAUUUUGUUAUUACGUUACUAUCAUCACUUCUUGGUUCUGUUUUCUUAACUCUAUUCAUCUUUUGUUCCCCCAAUAGUUUUACAUAUAAUGGCAUAUGUACAAAACACCUUGUAAAUUAUUUUUUUCAUUCACUAAUAAAGCCUGAUUGGUUUGAUUAUUAAAAUUUCCAAUAAAUAUUCCCUAUCAAAAUAUUUUGACGUGCUCUUGAGGAUAUUUUGCCCUUCAGGAUUUUUCUAGUCACGUAUGCCAUUGCAAAUUCCAAGAAUCUUUCAAUUCAUAAAAAAUAUAUAUAUAUGCUCAUUUUUGGUAAUUGCAAUACAAAUGAUUAAUUUCAUGCGGUUUUUUUCACGAGUAAUGUAGCUUUGUUACAUGUCCAACAGAUGUAAAUAUACUAAAUGAGUUCUGUGAAUGUAUAUGCUAUCCACAUGCUGUUUUAUCUUCUUUAUUACAACGUUAUACAGAAUAAGAUUCAUCUAUGUUGAAUGGUUUUUUCCUUGUUACAGUUUCCUUCAUGUUUAAAAGUCGUUUUGAAAAUAAAUAAAGGCACAUCAGAUAACAGGUAUUUUGUAAUUUUACUAAGUGCGUGAUAGACAAGAAUAGAUAACGAUUGUCAGAUUGGUCUUAGGUCGCUUAUCAUGAAACCGAAGUACGCUGUCGUCUGAUUUUCCCAUGAUCUGUGCAUGUG